AUGGCCCUCUCUCCGCAACAACAGCAACUCCAACAACCACCAGAACCACAACCGACAAUGGAGAUCAGCAAUGAUGCAGUAGCUCCACACACUGCAGUAGUGAAUGGUGAUCGCAGUGGUCGAAAGGAGCGUUCACAGCGUCGCCGAAAGAGCAGUAUGGACUCGUCGAUGAAGAAACACAAGAGCAGUACGGAUGCCACUAGCAAAAAGCACAGCACUGACUCCUCCUCGUCAUCCAAGAAACACAGUAGUAGUAGUAGUAGUAACAUGACCGACUCUCCCAAGAAACGAUCGAUUCGAAGUCGACGCACUACUACUAGUACUGUCGAUGGUCAUCGGAGUAUGGAUUCAUCCAACAAUGGCAAGUCCCUCCGCAAGACGAGAUCACGCCCACUGGAUACGUCAGGUCACAGUACACAAACGGCCGAGACGAGUCAAACAUUGGAUAUGGACGCUUCCUAUGCGUCAACAGGUUCCAUGAUGCGACAACGACGAUCCUCCGAUACGCAGAAUCGACGCUCCAGUGGUGGAAAGAAAAUGUCGGCCAGUCAUCGCGAAUUCAGUACGCGCAAGACCAUGUCAUCGUCGAGUCAUCGAGAGAGCAGUACGCGACGCUCCAAACAAGAACCAUAUUAUGCCCCUACGCGAGUCAAACGUCUGGACGACACGGAUACGUCCAAUCGAGUGACGGCCAGUCGCGUCAAGAGUGGCACCACUGCGCUUGUUACCGAGGCAAGCAGCAGCAAUGGUGUGAGCAAACGACGGGGUCGUACCACACACAAACGCAGUACUACGGACACUAAGGACAGUGACGACAAACCACGCAGCAAGAGUCUCUCGGCUAAAAAAGUCAGCAGUCGCAGCAAGAGUCAAUCCGCAACAACAACCCAAAAGUCCAAUACUAAGGACAAACCCAAGCGCAGCAAAAGUCAAGCGGCUGCUCCCAAGAAAUCCACAACACGAAGCAAGAGUCAAUCUGCCAAACCUACCAAAAAGACCAGUAGUAGUAGUGGCGUCAAAAAGACAAGUGUCAAAAAGAAACAAUCGACGGACUCUACUACCAAAGACACUUUGACGAAACCCAUCAAAAAGAGACACUCGACGGACGAUAUUAUCACGACCAAAGGUCGCAAGAAAACGGCAACACCACCCCGACGGACCCGAUCCAUGAGUCCUCAAAGCAGAAUCCUGGCCGACAUUGCGUCGUCCUCGGGCCACAACAAGAAGGAACGUCGUUCAAAGGAAGAAACAAACGAUCAGGACAAUGAGGAUGCCAGUGCUAGUAGUAGUCAGAAGGAUGCCAGUGAGAGUGAGGAGGUUCCCAGUGACAAGGAAGACGUCUCGGAACCAGAAGAUUCCUCGUUUUGCACCGUAUCCUCCUCCUCGGAUCUAUCCGCACUAGGUGCCAUCCAAGAAGAGACCAACAAGAAACCCAAAUCGAACAAAUCCGUCGCCUUUGGCAAAACACACAUCAAGGUAUACGAAGACACACAAGAACCAACCACCAAAUUCUACAGCAAGGAAGAUCUACAAAUGCUACUCAGUCACGAAAUAUCCAUUAGUACUCGUCUGGCCGACUCGAAGCAUCGUAAAAACGUCAACUUUGGGCAACAUUGUUGUUGGCGCGGCUUUGAACACAUUAAACUCAAAUACAACAAGGCGGAACGCAAUCAGACCCAUGUUCGCAUGGUCCUGCAUGCCCAACAUCAAUUGGCACAACAAUCGAUACAGUCGUCCAUUCCGGAAAAAUUGCGAGUUGUCAGUCGCAGUGAUAGCAAGGAAGAUCGCAAACGUGCCUACUAUUACGGAAUGGACGAUGCCGAAGAAGUCAUGCACGCCAUUACCACAUUGCGCAUGGAAGAAGCCCAACGGCAAAUCGAUUUUGCCAAUAAAGUCACCAAUAACAAAAAGGGACGCAAUUCGGCCACGGCUGCCUUGAAAGUCGCCCAGCAUGCCACCAAGGGCACCAUUGUCGAAAAGACGGCUGUCGGUAUUACCAAUUUGACGAAAGGAACCAUUGUGGAAAAGACGGCUGUCGGGAUUACCAACUUGACGGGCAAUGCGGCCAUGGGUACCAAAAAUGUCGCCAUGGCCACCGGCAGUGCGUUGGCCAAUACCGCGUUUAGUACGCGCCACGUCCUGGCGACCACUACCAAAAAUGUCAUUGCCAGAUCGGCCAUUACCCGAUCGUUGCGGCCGUCGCGAACGACGACGGCGAAUAUUGCCGAACAAGACGACAACGACGAUAGCGAUUAUGAUGAUAGUAGGGAGGAUCCGUACGAGGAAGAAAUGCAGCAACGAUCCAGUACGGGAAGUCUAUUCACCAUGUUCCACAAGAAACCCACCACCGCCAAACGAAGUCCCAUGGUCGAAUCCUUGUUGGAUUAG